GGGCUCGGCUCGAGAUCCUAGUAGAAAAGGGAAGGAGGCGGCCCUCCUCGCUCACCCCCACAAUCUCAAGCCGCAGCUGCAGCAGCGGGUCGCCUCCCCUCCCCCGAAAUCCCCUCGCGCACCAGAGAAAACUACACACCACCACCGUCGAAUCCCACCACCCGCCUUCCCUCCCUCCCUACGCGCACGCCGCGCCGCGCCCCGCGCCCCGAGACCCGCGGGCCCCAUCCUCCCCGCGAGGAAGGAGAGGGAGGGGGAGAGAGCGGAGCCCCGCCCUCGGAGCUCGGGUCCGCGCGCGGGAAGAUCCGGGCUUCUCGCCGUCGCGGCUUCGGCGGCAGAGGUCGUGGGCUGGGUGUUGCCGGCCUUGCCCGCGCUGGAUUUCGCGUCCCCUCUGCCGAUUCGGGCUCGGGAUCCCCGGUCCGGUCUUAUGGUAAUGAAGAUGGAGGUUGAGGAGGACGGUGCCAAUGGAGGAAAUGGUGGGGCAUGGACUGAGGAGGAUCGAGCCCUCAGCACAACUGUGCUUGGAAGAGAUGCAUUUGCAUACUUGACAAAAGGGGGCGGUACCAUAUCUGAGGGUCUUAUUGCUGCAUCGUCACCUGUAGACUUGCAAAAUAAACUGCAGGAGCUUAUCGAAUCAGAGCAUCCUGGUGCUGGUUGGAACUAUGCCAUCUUCUGGCAGCUUUCACGCACAAAGUCUGGUGAUCUUGUCCUUGGAUGGGGCGAUGGCUCUUGCCGUGAACCCAAUGAUGCUGAGUUGGCAGCCGCUGUUUCUGCAGGCAAUGAGGAUGCCAAACAGCGGAUGCGGAAGCGUGUGCUGCAGCGGCUGCACAAAGCAUUUGGUGGUGCUGAUGAGGAGGAUUAUGCCCCAACUAUUGGACAAGUGACAGAUACAGAGAUGUUCUUCCUAGCAUCCAUGUACUUUGCAUUUCCGCGUCGUGCCGGUGCCCCUGGUCAAGUUUUUGCAGCAGGUGUUCCUCUCUGGGUUCCCAAUUCUGAGCGCAACGUAUUCCCAGCCAAUUACUGCUACCGGGGAUACCUUGCAAGCACAGCAGGAUUUAGAACUAUCUUGUUAGUGCCAUUUGAGACUGGUGUGCUCGAGCUGGGUUCGAUGCAGCAGGUGGCUGAGAGUUCUGACACUCUCCAGACCAUAAAGUCUGUCUUUGCUGGGACAAGUGGCAAUAAGGAUAUAGUCCCGAGCCGUGAAGGAAAUGGUCACAUUGAGAGGUCACCGGGCCUGGCAAAGAUUUUUGGCAAGGAUUUGAACCUCGGUCGAUCUUCAGCAGGGCCAGUGAUUGGGGUAUCAAAAGUAGAUGAAAGGCCAUGGGAACAGAGGAAUGCUGGUGGAGGGAGCUCAUUGCUUCCCAAUGUCCAGAAAGGAUUGCAGAAUUUCACUUGGAGUCAGGCCCGGGGCCUGAAUUCUCACCAGCAGAAGUUUGGCAAUGGUAUAUUGAUAGUGAGUAAUGAAGCUAAUCACUGCAACAAUGGAGCUGCAGACAGCUCCACUACAACACAGUUUCAGCUUCAGAAAGCACCUCAGCUCCAGAAACUACCACUUCUUCAGAAACCACCACAGCUAGUGAAGCCACUGCAGAUGGUCAACCAGCAACAGUUGCAGCCACAGGCGCCUAGGCAAAUAGAUUUUAGUGCAGGGACCAGUUCCAAGUCCGGUGUCCUGGUUACAAGAGCAGCUGUUCUUGAUGGAGAUAGUUCAGAGGUGAAUGGCUUGUGUAAAGAGGAAGGGACAACACCUGUCAUAGAGGACAGACGGCCAAGGAAGAGGGGAAGAAAACCUGCGAAUGGGAGGGAGGAGCCGCUGAAUCAUGUUGAGGCUGAGCGUCAAAGGAGGGAGAAGCUCAACCAGCGGUUCUACGCGUUGAGAGCUGUUGUGCCCAACAUCUCAAAAAUGGACAAGGCCUCCCUGCUGGGCGAUGCUAUAGCAUACAUCACUGACCUUCAGAAGAAGCUCAAAGAUAUGGAGAUGGAGAGAGAACGAUUUCUUGAGUCUGGUAUGGUGGAUCCAAGGGAGCGACACCCUAGACCAGAGGUUGACAUCCAGGUGGUGCAAGACGAGGUUCUUGUUCGAGUUAUGUCUCCAUUGGAGAACCAUCCAGUAAAGAAGGUCUUUGAAGCGUUUGAAGAGGCGGACGUCCGGGUAGGGGAGUCAAAACUCACAGGCAACAAUGGAACGGUAGUGCAUUCCUUCAUCAUCAAGUGCCCUGGCUCCGAACAGCAAACGAGGGAAAAAGUGAUCGCUGCAAUGUCUCGCGCCAUGAGCUCAGUGUAGAAUCGGUUGAGGGGAGUCGGUGCGGUAGAGGUUGGCUACUAUGCUGGUGGCAUACAAGCAGCAGGCAGCCCCUGAAACCUUCCAUUCUGUUGAUAGAAGUUGUAGGUCGAGACAGCAAGCUGAGAUUUCUGACUUAGCAAUGCAAGAAAAGCACAAGCUAAACCGCCAUUGUUGUAACGGUAGGUUCUUGUGCUCCUUGUAGUUUUGAUGUUUUAUUGGGAAGAAUACCAUGCUUUUAGUGUAUUGCUUAAUUAGUGCGGAACCAUAAAAAGUACAUUUCGCAUGCAUGAGUUAGAAAAUUACCAUUUUGUAGCCUUUUCUAUGUUCAAAUCCUUGAGUGGGCCGGUGGAUUAAUAACUAUGGGCAAUUUUCUGUUC